AUGUCGUCCGCGCCGCCGCUGUCCACCACGUCCUCGAGCAGCGCCGGCAACGUGUCGCCGCGCCUCAGCCGCAUGAGCUCCUCGACCGGCGCCUUCUCGUCCCAGUCGCUGCAGGGAUUCCGCACCGUGUCGCUGCCCGGACUGUUCCCGGGCACGCACCUGGGCAUCCUGGCCUCGGGGCUGCUGGACAAGCGCCGCGACGGCGCCGUGCGCGGCGGCUGGGCCAAGCGCCUCUUCAUCCUGUCCACGCGCAGCCUGCACUACUACCGCAAGGUGGAGGACACCGAACUCUUCGGCAAGGAGCGCGGCCAGGUGCUGCUGUCCGACAUCAGCUACGCCAAGGUCAUGAUGCCCGAGGAAGCCCCUAUUGGCAAUGUGGAGCCCGGCCAGACCGCGUACUUCGUGGCCGUGCUAUCGAAACGGAAGACGCUGCUGCUGUUCCUGCGCGCGGACUCGUUCGAGUACGCCAGCAGCUGGGUUGCCAUCAUUAACAACGCGGUGCACACAGCCAAGGGAGUCGAUUUCGCGCCGAGAUGGACUGUGGACACCAUGCAGAGCUUCAUUGCGGCUGCUUCGGGCAACUUUGAGGAAUUGGAGACGGCGCCUACGGCGGAGACUCCGGUUGAAACCACGUUGAGCCUGACACGCCCGGUACCUACAGUUCUUGUUGUUAGCAUGGUCUCGGGGCCUCUCAGUGCAGCGACGACAACCGAGAGAUUAGUCAAGCGCAAUGUUGAUCUGAGCACGGAGCUCCAGCUGGGCGCUUUCGAGCAAAAGGACACGUGCGUUAUCGUGCUGAGUGAUGGCGAAGAGCUACACAUACCGCAGCGAUUGCUAGGCGACACGAAAAGCCUUCUUACCAACGUCAAGCAGAUCGAGCUGACGACUCCUGCUCGUUGCCAGCCGCUGCGACCACAUAUCGUAUCGAUGUCCAAAGUUUCAGUUUCAUUCCGAUGCGUACGAGCCCCGCCUGUUGUACGCGCACGACGAGACUCGGGACCUCAGCCGGUGAUAUCGUCGCUGCCUUCUACCUUCACAGUCGCGUUUCCUGGUACACUGGGAGGGCUGUUCCUGAUAAGCUGUCUGGUGUCGUUCUACUGCGCGACGCCGUUUGUGGGCUUGAUGAAGAUCACGAUCGUGCUCGGAUUAAUUCUUUCCAUCUCUCAGAUCGCCCAGUUCGUCAUAUGUUUGUCAGGAGCACAGGGCCAAAAGCGUUUGAGUCCCGUUAUGUUGCCGGUUGCCGGAUCCAAAAACGCAGUGACCGCCGUGGCGAACGAGUACCUAUUCUACUUGACUGUUGACAGUAUUGAAGUGAUAGAAGCGGAUCAAGACAAGGAGCCGGCAGUGUCUGAGACUGCAUCUCCUGUUUCAGAUGUGACUACCGACAUGACUACCGAGACUGCGACGCCUGAAAACGCUAUCAGUGGAGGCCCGAUUGCAUUCUCGCCCCGAUUCAUCGCUGGCGAGAAGGGCGAUGUGGAGAAGGGCCGAGCACGAUACGAGGCUACCUUGCAAUGGCGAAAGGAGAAUGACAUCGACAACAUCUUAGUGACUCCGCACCCGAAUUUUGAGAUCAUCAAGAAGUACUACCCGCAGUACUUCCACGGCAAGACGCGUGACGGCCAUCCUGUCUACUACGAGCGACCUGGAAAGAUCGAUCUGCCGGCACUCAAGCGUGAGGGACUCUCUAUUGACGACCUGCUUCGUCACUACAUGUACAUGACGGAGUACCUCUGGCGAGUGGUGGAGCCGGACGACUCCGGCCGCUCGAUUACUGUGCUGGACGUGACUGGCAUCGGCAUGUACGACCUCGGUGGUGAGGUGCUGGACUUCAUCAAGCGCGCGUCCGCAUUUACCGGCGCCCACUACCCGGAGCGCAGUGCCCACAUUUUCAUCAUCAACAUCCCCGGCUGGUUCAACAUGAUCUGGCGCAUGGUGAAGCCGCUGAUUGACCCUGUCACGCGCGAAAAGGUUCACAUGCUGAAGGGAAGCGCUAUCUUGAAGGAGCUGGAGACUCUGAUCGACAUGGAGAACAUCCCGUCGGACUUUGGCGGCGGGGGCGCGGCGUUGGGCGACUCGGAGGAAGAGCACGCGCUCGCGGCGCACGUGAAGAAGUAUCUGUGA